UACCGAACCCGACGACAUAUUUAUGAGAGCUCCCAGCUCUCGAUUACAAUCCCGGUGGACGGGCAUCUUUUAUUUUUUUUUAUUUUUCGAACAAAAUUUUACUUCUGAACGGGGCAACGUUAACGAAUGGCAAAAUUCCAAGUGCAUCUCGCAGAAUAACCACUACGUACGGCUCUUUCACCCGGCGAAAGUUUACGUCCGCCAAGCGAAUUUAAAGCAGAUCUCCGGCUCUAAGGAUUCCAGCAUCCACCCAUCCACCCGCACCUCAUACAGAAAUUUUGAAAAAUGUCGACACCAGCCGUGGGAAUCGAUCUUGGCACUACCUACUCAUGCGUUGGAGUUUUUCUUAAUGGCAAGGUUGAAAUAAUUGCAAACGACCAGGGAAAUCGCACGACGCCCAGUUACGUCGCUUUCACGGAUAACGAACGACUGAUCGGCGACUCGGCCAAGAAUCAAGUUGCCAUGAACCCGAGCAACACGAUCUUUGACGCGAAGAGAUUGAUCGGACGAAGAUUCGACGAUCCUGUGGUACAGGCUGAUAUGAAGCAGUGGCCAUUCGCGGUGAUCAGCGAUGCUGGAAAACCGAAGAUCCAAGUGGACUACAAGGGAGAGAAAAAGUCAUUCUUCCCAGAAGAAAUUUCAUCCAUGGUAUUGACGAAAAUGAGGGAAAUAGCUGAGGCCUACCUCGGAAAGACAAUCUCGAAUACCGUGAUCACCGUACCGGCUUAUUUCAAUGACUCUCAGCGGCAGGCCACCAAGGAUGCUGGUACGAUUUCGGGAUUAAACGUUCUCAGGAUCAUCAACGAGCCCACAGCAGCUGCCAUAGCCUACGGCCUGGACAAGCGGGGUCCGGGCGAGAGGAACGUCCUUAUUUUCGAUCUGGGUGGCGGCACCUUUGACGUAUCCGUUCUUACCAUCGAGAAGGGAGUAUUCGAGGUAAAAGCCAUUGCCGGCGACACUCACCUGGGUGGUGAAGAUUUUGAUAGCCGAUUGGUGAGCCACUUCGUCCAGGAGUUUUAUAGGAAAUACAACAAGGAUCUGACCGGCAAUAAACGUGCCAUUAGACGGCUAAGGACAGCCUGCGAGAGAGCAAAGAGGAGCCUCUCGUCUUCUACCCAUGCAAACAUCGAGAUAGAUUCUCUGGUGGAUGGAAUCGAUUUUUACACUCCGAUUACGAGGGCACGAUUCGAGGAAUUGAAUCAGGACCUCUUCAGAAAUACUUUGGAACCGGUAGAGAGGGUGCUGAGGGACGCUAAGAUGGACAAGAGUCGCAUUAAUGAUAUCGUAUUAGUCGGUGGAUCCACUAGGAUUCCCAAGAUACAAAGACUCCUUCAAGAGCUGUUCGACGGGAAGGAGGUGAACAAGUCUAUAAACCCGGACGAGGCUGUAGCCUACGGUGCCGCCGUUCAGGCCGCCAUCUUGCACGGUGACCAAUCGGUUCAGGAUCUACUGCUCCUGGACGUGACUCCUUUGUCACUGGGAAUCGAAACUGCUGGUGGUGUAAUGACGGCUCUUAUAAAACGCAACAGUACUAUACCUACGAAGGAGACCAAAACAUUUACGACUUACUCGGACAACCAGCCGAACGUCCUGAUCCAGGUCUACGAAGGUGAAAGAGCGAUGACCAAAGACAACAAUCUCCUGGGGAAGUUCGAGCUCGCAGGAAUCCCGCCAGCGCCGCGUGGCGUGCCCCAAAUCCAGGUUACCUUUGAUAUCGACGCCAACGGCAUACUGAAUGUCUCUGCGGUCGAGCCAUCCACUAACCGAGAAAACAAGAUCACUAUUACCAAUGACAAAGGAAGAUUGAGUAAGAAGGAGAUCGAGAGGAUUAUCAAAGAUGCUGAGGAGUACCGUGUCGAAGAUGACAGACAGAAGGAGCGUAUCGUUACUAAGAAUAACCUGGAGUCGUACUGCUUCAAUGUCAAGAAUACUGUUGAGGAUGAGAAGAUCAAGGAGAAGAUACCGGAAGCAGACAGGAAGCUCGUUGUUGAGAAAUGUACUGAAAUUAUUCAGUGGCUGGACGAUAAUCAACUUGCUCAGAAGGAAGAGUUUGAGGCGAAACUUAAGGAAGUGGAAAAGGUAUGUGCUCCCGUGAUGAUGAGACUUCAUGAAAGUUCUGGUGGUGCACCAUCCGGAUACAACCAACGCAGUUUUCCAAGUGCAACUGCAGGUAAUACAGACGCUGGAGGACCAACUGUCGACGAGGUAGAAUAAAUGCGAGGCUUCAUUGUAUUCCGGUGUAAUGGGAAUUUGCUGAUAUUGCUAUAUUAAAUUCAGAGACCGUAACCGUAACUGAGACCGAAAUUUCAUAAACGUUAUACCUAAAGCCGUGAGAGAAACCUGAAAUUGCUACCAGUGGUAUACCGAAAGCGAAACUUUUAACCGGAACUUAUUUUAUUCGUAAUGGCAGAGACGAGUAGGGAGAUUCCCAGUAGGCCGAUUUUCUUGAAACCAAUUUCAUUUUGACGUCGACGCGCGACCUGUGCGGAGGACUGUUGAACCAUGCUCACGUUUUUGAUUCGUCGAGUUUAUAUAGACCCCCAAAAAACAUGUGUAAAAAAACUAUACCAAGUACACGAGUGCUGUGAAUUCCUCUAACAAAAAGUCUUAGCAUCAUAUUAUCAAUGCAAAGUACAUAAGUCACUACAUAUUUGCUUAUCACAUGAUCUAGCAGUAGACCAUCAUUUUAAUGGGUAUUUUCAAAAUUUCCUUUAAAGUCUUCGCUACUCGAUUAUAUUUCUACUGCUUCUUAUACCUAAUUCUGAUUUAUCGACCAUUUAAUCAUUAAUAUAACUUGUGACGUAUUCUCUUAACUCUACACCGAUAACGAAAAAUCCGAGAACUAACCUACGUUAUCUUCGGCCGUCCACCCUUCGCUCAUGUAUUCGCAAGCCAGGCGGGCGCCAGCCAAUUCUUUUUUCACAGGGAACUGACGAGCCGGUAU